AUGCCACCUGCACCUGUAAAUGGCAAGGCCAAUAUCAAGGCCGAAGUCCUCCAGACCUUGCUCUCCAAAUAUCGUACAGACCCUACUACAAAGAAUGCCGCACAGAUCAAGGAUCUGGUUCAAUAUCACAAGCGAACACAACAAGAGGCCCGCUGCCACUACCCCUUCACCCUCGCCAAGUCCUUCUUCUCAGCGCUGUACUUGCGGACCUUGGCAUCACUACUGCUUGUGGUAGCGUCAACCAAAGGCUCAACCAAAGGCCGGCGUGCUACCUACAUCAUUGGAGGUGGGGCUAUACUAUUCUUGCACGUGGGAAUUAUCGCUAUCGGUAACGCAGUAGACCUGAGCAUGAUGUCUUCAGGGACGAUGAGCUCUUGGCAGAAUAGAAACUUUGUUGAACUGGAACAUGGCUGA